GGUGUGGCUCUCAUGAUUAUAACUUAUAUGCAUCAGACUCUCCAGCUGCUCCUGUACCAAUUGAAUCAUUUAGUGAUAUGUGUGUGCAUCCAAGUAUCAUGAAGGAUAUUGCAUAACAUGAAUACACCAGGCCAACUUCUAUCCAGGCAUAGGCCAUGCCAAUUGCUCUUACUAGAAGAGAUCUACUUGGCUGUGCUGAAACUAGUAGUGGAAAAACUGCAGCUUUCACAAUUCCUAUGAUACAGCAUUACAUGGCUCAAUCUCCUAUUUGGCGUGGUGAUGGUCCUCUAGCAUUAGUUUUGGCUCCUACUAGAGAACUUGCUCAACAAAUAGAGAAAGAGGUUAAAGCUUUUAGCAGAUUUCUUGAGUCAUUGAAAACUACCAUAGUUGUGAGUGAAACUAACAUUGAAAAGCAAAGGUCUGAGCUAAGAGCAGGAGUUGAAAUUGCUGUUGCAACCCCUGGAAAAUUUAUUGAUCAUUUACAACAAGGCAAUACUUCCCUUUCUAGAAUUUCUUUUUUGUUCUAGAUGAAGCAGAUAGAAUGCUUGAUAUGG